AUGAUUAAACUUCAAGAAGUAUUUAAGACAUUUUAUCUCGGAAAGCACAGUGGUCGAAAACUUCAAUGGCAGACUACAUUGGGACAUGCUGUUUUAAAAGCAGAGUUUAAGGAAGGAAAGAAAGAGUUCCAGGUGUCCCUCUUCCAGACUCUGGUGCUUCUCAUGUUCAAUGAAGGGGACGGAUUCAGCUUUGAAGACAUUAAAAUGGCCACUGGGAUAGAGGACAGUGAAUUGCGGAGAACAUUACAGUCACUGGCCUGUGGCAAAGCACGAGUUCUGAUUAAAAGUCCCAAAGGAAAGGAGGUAGAAGAUGGAGACAAAUUCAUUUUUAACGGAGAUUUCAAGCACAAGUUAUUUCGAAUAAAGAUCAAUCAAAUUCAGAUGAAGGAAACCGUUGAAGAACAAGUCAGCACCACUGAGAGAGUGUUUCAGGACAGACAGUAUCAGAUUGAUGCUGCUAUCGUCAGAAUAAUGAAAAUGAGAAAGACUCUGGGUCAUAAUCUUCUAGUGUCUGAAUUGUAUAAUCAGCUGAAAUUUCCAGUAAAGCCUGGAGAUUUGAAAAAGAGAAUUGAAUCUCUCAUAGACAGAGACUAUAUGGAGAGAGAUAAAGACAAUCCAAAUCAGUACCAUUACGUGGCCUGA